AUGCUUGCGAGUAUUCCACCGAGGCAAGAUAAGAUGGCAAUCGACACUACAGAACCCGGGUCUACUUGCCACUUCAAGAUUCCCAAAACAUGUAAGGCGGGAGUGGUAUACAAUGAAGGCCCCAGUUUUGAAUUGAGAAUCGAAGAUGUGGUGGUGCCGGAGCCCGGCCCGGAUGAGGUUCUGAUCAAGCUAAACGUGACGGGGCUCUGCUACUCCGACAUUCAUUAUAUGCUUGGGGACUUGGGCGUGGCGCGGAUGAGUAGCAGCAACGUACGAUCUCCCGGCCACGAGGGAGCAGGUGUGGUGGUGAAGCUAGGGUCGAACGUGAAGAACUGGAAGGUUGGUGAUCGAGCGGGUGUCAAGCCGGUGUGGGAUACAUGCGGCUCCUGCGAGCUAUGCCGGAGCGAUAAGGAGACGUACUGCUCGAAAACUGUCCUGACGGGUCUUCAUGUUGCGGGCACGUACCAGCAGUAUAUUACCAGCCCGGCUCGAUAUACAACGGCAAUUCCCGACGAGGUGCCGGACGAGGUGGCAGCACCCAUCAUGUGCAGUGCGUCGACCAUCCUUCGCAGCUUGGAGGAGUCCAGACUUCGACCUGGAGACUGGGCCGUGUUCCCGGGAGGCGGCGGUGGAGUUGGGAUCCAGGGGGUGCAGCUGGCGAAGGCAAUGGGUCUGCGGCCUAUCGCAGUUGACACGGGGGAUGUGAAGCGGGAGCUGUGCCUGAAGAUGGGCGCGGAGCACUUUGUCGAUUUUGGCACGAGCAAGGACGUGGCGCAGGAGAUCAUCGCGCUAUGCGGAGGGGUGGGCGCGCAUGCGGUGUUUGUGACGGCACCGCAGGCGUAUCCGGCGGCGAUAUCAUUUACCGGACAGCGGGCGGGCGCCAAGGUGAUGUGUAUCGGGUUGCCGUCGGCGAGCGAUUAUGUGUUUGGCGCGCAUCCGUCGCAGUUUGUGUUCCGCAACCUGUCGGUGGUGGGCACGCUGGUGGGAUCCAUGCAGGACACGGCGCGGGCACUGGAGUUUGCACAGCGGGUGAGUGAAAACACCUAG